AUGGAGACGCCAGUAUCAGCCCCAGGCCGAUCCCGAGCUCCAACUCCAGAUCCAGCAGGGGAAACGACGACACCACCUCCAGAUGAAAAUUCACCGUUGCAUCGAGCCCCCAUUUUAUGGGCCAACCUGCCGACUCAGCAUCAGCAGCGGGAGAAGAAAAUGCAUCAACAGCUCCAACAACUACAGGAGGAGAAACAACAAAAACAGCUACUCCACCAAUUUCAUCAUCAACGGGUACAGUCCCAGCCACAUUUACAGGUACAGAGCACUGACGCUGUGUCGCUGACCACAGCUAUAGCGGCAGAUGCCGCCAUUGCCGACGCUUCUAUUCCAAACGCUGAUGACGCUGAUGAGGCCGCCAUCAUUAAUUCCAUUCUCGCUCCUCCUCCACCUCCGCAAAUUAUCGCCCUCUCUUCGGUCCCGUACAGUCGAGAGAGCGGGAGCGAGUUUGAGUCUGAGUCAGAGUUUGAGCGUAAGUACGAGUAUGAGAGUGAGAGCGAGGGAGUGAAGGAGAGCCGCUCAGAGAGAGAGUGGCAUGGUGAAGAGAGCGAUCAUGACUCUGACUCUAACAUUGAGUCGAAUCGGCUUCCCCAACUUUGUCUUCACCUCUACAAUGACCACUGCCCGUCCCAUCACCGCUGCUGGCAGCUGCGCCAGCGUCGGCAGCAGCAGCAACGGCAGCAGAGUCAGAAAUCUCAGCAGCAGCAGCAGCAGCAACAUCUUGAUGAUCAUUCUGGCAGAGGUGGGGAUGUUCGUGUUCAUACAAUCAUUCCAUCGAACACUGUGCAACCAGGUUUGAUUGCAACCUCUGCCCCCAAUCCAACAUCAUCAUCAUCGCCAUUGGCUGCAACUGCAGCCUCUACUCCACUUUUAACGUUGACUGCAAUUCCAACCAAAAUUUCAACUAUGGCGCUGCCAUUAACGGAGACUUUAGCGAUUGCGGCCAUGCCGCCGCCUUCACUGUUGUUUUUACCAUCAUCUUCAUCACCGCCAUUGACCGCUCUCUUGCCGCCACCACCACUACUGCUUUCGCCACUUCUCCUGUCCACACUGUUGCUGAGGACCCAGGAACUGGCAUUGAUACUGGCAGAGGAAAUACCCACGGCGGCAUCAGAGACGCUGACUCAGGCAUCAGUGCCCCCAAUGAUGAUGCUGCCGUUAAAGUUACUACUACCGUACUAA